AUGAAAACUGGAACUGACAGCUCGGUGAUGAAGGGAUACCAGGCUACUGGAUCCUGGUGCGUCAAACUUUGCAUUAACUGCAUUAGUAGUCAAUGGUUUUUGCAAGUUAUCUGUGCUCCAGAAUAUAAACCGUACCAAAUAAAGACAUUAUUUGUUUUGUAUUAUUAUUAUUUUUUUCUACACAGGUUACAGAGCUGUAAUCUCACUGCUCAGUCUUGUGAGAGUUUGUCUUCAGCUCUACACUCGUCAAACUCCUUUCUGAGAGAGCUGGAGCUGAGCAACAAUGACCUGGAGGAUUCUGGAGUGAAGCUUCUUUCUGAUGGACUGAAGAGUCCAAACUGUCAUCUGGAGAUUCUGAGGUUACAGAGCUGUAAUCUCACUGCUCAGUCUUGUGAGAGUUUGUCUUCAGCUCUACUGUCAUCAAAACCCUUUCUGAGAGAGCUGGAGCUGAGCAACAAUGACCUGGAGGAUUCUGGAGUGAAGCUUCUUUCUGAUGGACUGAAGAGUCCAAACUGUCAGCUGGAGAUUCUGAGGUUGUCUGGCUGUAUGGUGACAGAGGAGGGAUGUUGUUAUGUGUCUUCAGCUCUGACUUCAAACCCCUCACACUUGAGAGAGCUGGAUCUAAGCUACAAUCACCCUGGAGAUUCAGGAGUCAAGCUGCUCUCUGAAAAACUGGAGGAUCCAAACUGCUCACUGGAUAAAUUAAAUGUGGAUCAUGGAGGUGAAUCCAGGAUUACAGCAGGACUACAGAAAUGUACGUCUACACACACUCAGACACACCUACACACACCCAAAUACACUCACUUCAUACCUGCAAACUAUUCGCUUUUGGGCGAAAAUCGCCGUUUUGAAUGGGAAAAUGUCAUCCACGUGAAUCGUGUAGAUCCGAAUAGUUUUUUUUUGACGGGGGAGGGGGGGUCUUCUGCGGUCUUCCCUACUGUGGUCUAGACUUGUGACGUUCGCGAACGAACCGAUUCUUUUGAACGGCUCAUAAACAUGAACGAUGGGAGCCGAGUCACGGCUGGAGAGGAGCCAUUCUUUCUGUCGU